UAUAUGUUCAGGUGUACUAUACAACACUAUGCUAUUAUACGCCAACAUUACUCUACUACUGCCAAUGUACGUUCACCAUCACUUCUGCAUAGGUUGAAAAAGGAUCGACCAGAUUUGAAAGCCAUCAUGGAACCAAGACAUACCAAAAAGUGGGCUCAAUCAGUAAUACAGUCUCGAUGGAAAACUUGGGUUCAUACUUCCAAAGCAAGAUACAUAGCGACAAGCCUCUUUGAUAUGGAUGCAAACCAAUUCAGUGAACUCGCUAAUGAUUUUGUCAAAGCUGGAUCAAGGGGUCAGAUCGCCUCAUGUAUUCCUUCUGCUUUGCUUGCCAAUUGUGACUAUACAAAUAUAUCAAUGAAAGAACUAACCGAAAUGAUCGACCGUAGAUUUUUGGCUGCCUUUUAUGAUCAUACUCUACCUUUUUUACCUGCUUCAGUACAAGACUUGAAAUCAAUUUGCCAAUUUUCGUCUAUUACAUGGUUCCCACAUACUCGGGCUAUCGAAAGAAAUAUAUUUAUUCAUAUCUAUGAUGAUUUGCCUUCUCAACUACCCAAAUACAAUGAAACUGGAACGACAACGACUUCUUUGACCAUCUACUGUGGAAACAAAUCAAUACCAAAAUCAACUUCACGCGACAUUAUACAAGUGGAUCUUAUACACUUAGAUGAUAUACUACAACAGCAUCCGACACCACAAACUCUCGUAUUGGAUACUGACGGGCACUCUCAUCAAAGAGAUUGGAGAUGGACAAAAGCAUGGCUAAAUACACCUGCAUCUACCAUACACAUCAGAACUAAUAUCGGCAAUAGCAUCAAUACUGCUUACAACAAUGGAUUUAUCUCUGCUCUUGAAAACAUUUGCAAACAACGUGGUGAAAAGUGCACAGUGAUGGAUCAUCGACAAGAUAAAUCUAGGGAUAUUAUUGGUGGUGAACGUGGUGGAGUCUUCUCAAUAGCAUUACAGGAUAUACAACAUGGAGAUUGCGUCGUGGUAUCAACAAAGAACUCAUUAGUGGAUAUUAAGGAUCGACUAGAACAUGAUCAUGGACUUGAAUGUGUCAUUUUAUACCCUCAACUUCCAGAAGCUAUUCAAAUGCGCCAAAUUGAAAUCUUCAAUGACACUAUUCCACCUUCCAAAGUGUUGCUUAUGACUGAUACAGUGUCUCUACCAUAUCAAGUACAGGUCAAACGACUUUUGAUCAAAUCAGCAAUGAAGAAACAUCAGCAUAAUCAGACAACAUUUAUGCCGACAAGCAAAUUACGACGUAUUAUAGGUACCAUCAGGCCAAGUCAAGGAAUCACAGUACAGGAUAGAUGUGAUCUACCUUUUAUUGGGCAAGCUUUGAUGUCUUUAUCUUCUUCAGUCAUUCCAAAAGAGCCAUUCGCAGUAUUGCCAACCAAAGAUAUUUUGAAAUCUUUUUGUCAAAGCAUGCCAAGUCGAAUCUCAAUGUCAAGCAAAAUGGAUGUGUUUGAAAUAUUGGCAGAUGUUGAUGGGGAUUUUAGCAUGUCCAGCUGGAAGAAUCAGAUGAUGAUUAUAAAGUGGUUGGAACUAUAUCAGUUGUCAUUCGAUGAUCAAUGGUUUUUUAUGAAUUCGCCUGUGGAUGUGACUUUGGCAUCAAGCAAGAAAACAUUGCAAAAGUUUGGUGAACUAGUUGUGCUAAAGAAACCCUGUGAAUUGGAUGAUAUCCUGGGAUCUACUCCAUCGUCAAUCGAAUCAGAAAUCUUGUCAUCAUUAGUAAAUCAAUAUCAUAUCAUGGAUUGGUAUAACUGGUUUAAAUUACGGUAUCCCACUAUUUUCGUCACCGAUGAAACUCUGGUACGAAAAAAGCAAGAUCAAUACCAAACAAGGAUAGAGGAACUAUUAGGUUGCAUGACUACUCAACUGACUGAUAGACGGAAGAAACUACGACAAGGAAGAAAUAUGGAAAAGGAAGCAGGCUUACUUUUAUUACAAUCAUCAUCAAGAACAAGAAGAAAAUAAUAAGAUGGUUCUUUUAUAUUUUUUUUUUUGUAUCGUCAAAUAAAGAUAUGAUAUUUCCCCAAUAUAUAUAUAUAUUAUAGUUGUAGUUAUGUUUACUCACUUGAUCUUUUUAUUUUUGGAACUUACCCAAUAAAGCAC